AUGGGUUCUUCCUGCGGCAAGGCUCAGACGGCCGCCAAGGAGGAGGCGCACGGGGAGCAGGAAAACUUCCAGAAGGAGGGCGAGCAGGUUGUCAACAAUGGCAAUGUAGAGGUGGAGUCGCAGUGCCAGCAGCCGGAGAAAGACGCCGGUGAAAAGUGUGUCGAGGAGGACAAGGUGCAGAAGGAGGAGGAUAAGUUCGAGAAAGACUCUCAGGACAAGUCGGAUGAUAUGAAGAAGCAGGCGGACGCAAAUGGGGAUGAGUUGGAGAAGAAGGCUUUGGAGGAGGAGGCAGAGGCUAGCUGA